AUGGAUAUCGGUUCUACAGUAUUCACAUCCGGUCAAGCUUACGUGGCACUUUCGAGAGUUACAAAUUUGGGCGGUUUACAUCUAAUUAAUGUUGACUUUGGAAGUUUUAAAGCGCAGGAAUUCUCAAUUUGUGAAUACAAUAGACAAAGAAGCAUUUACCGUCCAGAUUUGUCAAUAAUUGUAACAUCAAAACCUCCCAGAAAAACACAUAGAGACAUGGAGUGGGCGCUUAGAAAAACUGUAGCUGAAGCUCAAGAAGCAGUACCGAAAAAGAGAAAACUGAAGGCUACCUACAAAAAUUGA